AUGGCGAGUGGUGGCGACGGCAGCGUUCGGCCGUGCACGGGAGAGAGACCAGGGGAGGGGGAAGAAACAAGAGAGAGGGAGAGAGGUGCGGGGCGUCGAUGCAACGUCCAGGGCGUCCGGGGCGACGAGAGGGAGAAACAGGAGGUGGCGGGAGACGUGGCCGCGGGCGAGCGGGCGCGCGACACGCAGAGUCCCAAUCUGCAUUUAUUAUUGUCCCAGCUGAGACAUAAAUGUCUACAUCAUCUGUUUUGCUUGUGCAGCAAUGUGUUGAUCAGAAAUUUGACUAUACUGGCUCCACAUGACUCUCCCAACACUGAUGGAAUUGAUCCAGAUUCGAGCAGCAAUGUGUGCAUUGAGGAUUGCAACAUCUCGACGGGAGAUGACCUGAUCGCCAUCAAGAGUGGAUGGGAUGAAUAUGGCAUAGCCUAUGGUCGCCCCAGCUCGGGCAUCACCAUUAGGCGGAUCACGGGCUCCUCCCCUUUUGCUGGCUUUUCUGUCGGGAGUGAGACCUCUGGCGGUGUGGAGGAUGUCCUCGCUGAGCAUCUGAAUUUCUACAGCUCAGGGUUUGGUGUUCACAUCAAGACCAACUCCGGCAGGGGAGGGUUCAUUCGAAACAUCACCGUCUCUGACGUGAUCUUGGACAAUGUCCGUUAUGGUCUGAGGAUUGCCGGUGAUGUUGGAGGACAUCCUGAUGAGCGGUACGACCACAAUGCGCUCCCAAAGGUCGACAGCCUGACAAUAAAGAAUGUUCAAGGGCAGAACAUCAAGGAGGCUGGGCUGAUCAAGGGCAUUCCAAACUCGGCAUUCUCCUGGAUCUGUCUGUCUAACAUUAAGCUUCAUGGCAGCGCGCCAGUCCGCCCAUGGAAAUGCGCGGCUGGUCACGCGUUUGAGUCGGGCACCGCGGGUAGCCAAAAUAGACUGGACGAAGCUGGUAGGAUAGACACAAAGAUCACCAAGGGGGCGGUCCGGGCGCCUGUGACAUGCGUCUGA